AUUUCUCAUAUCACAAGUGAAACAACUAAUUUUCUACGCUCUUGAACUCAUUCUCCGUGAGAUACCGCGGUUAUUUAACUUAUUGCAAAACGAAUGGGUGAACUCAGGCAUAUAAUCGUAAAUUAGAUAAUGCGAGCUGUAUAGAAGAGUUCAUAUAUAAUAGAGUUCCGUUAUUUUAUUAACUUCAUAUUACAAAUAGAGUUCUAAAAGUUGCCAAUAAUGUCGCGUAACAUUGUCGAAAUUGUCAAACGAUACAGCGAAUUCUGCCAAAUAACUAAAUCAUUUGAUCGCAAUUUAAAAAUGUUGAAGUACCAUUCGGUGGAGAAUGGAAAGGUCAGAGCAGAAUUUACUGUCACCGAAGAUCAUGUCGAUAACGAAGGGCAUUUGCAUAGAGGGAUGACAACCACUUUAAUCGAUAUGACAUCUAUUCGGGCACUGUUUACGCAUAGAAAUGGAUUCGUGGGGAUGUCCAUAAAUAUGCAUAUUUCAUAUUUACAACCAGCACUUCUUGGAGAUGUGGUUUAUAUAGAUGCUGAAGUAUUUAAGAUUUUACAACUGAGUGGGCCGAGGCCGAUGGGAUUGGUUGAUGUCGAAUUAUCGAAGAAAAAUGAAAUGCGGGCUGAGAACGUCAUUGCUCGUGGCCAACAUUCAUUGACCCCGUAUCUGCAGGAACACAAAAAAAAUGUAUAA